UUGACUAAUUUUCCAGUGCUUUCGAACUGCUGUCAAUUAUUAGGACAGAACGAACGGUCCUUGAAUUCUGAUGUAAUGUGGUUUUAUAUUCUGGAAUGGUAAAAUAGUAGUGUGGAAUAUUAUUGCACUCCGAACCAAUAAAAUGAAUCAACUUAUUCGUGGUUUUAACCGGCUUUCCUCAAAAAACGCUCAAAAUUCAGCAGUUUUUAUGAAUGUGGGUGCAAAAAGGUUAAGUUUUGCUUCAAAUAGAGCCGGUAAACAUUCGAAAUGUAACGCAAUAAUACCAAAUCCGAUACGGGGAUCAAUUACGUUCGAUUUUCGAAUAUUGUUGCAACGACGGCUUAAUGUGUACUCAAUGCAGGUUUUAAGUUCGCGGACAUUUUGCAGUAAACGAGAUCAGGAUGAAGAUGAGCCGGACGUCGAACCAGAAUCGGCUUCGUUUUCAAGUCAACUACCAGCCACAGUGGCUAUUCCAGAAGUUUGGCCUCAUUUACCAGUAAUAGCUGUUAAACGUAAUCCAGUAUUCCCAAGGUUUAUGAAAAUUCUGGAAGUAACCAACCCAUUACUCAUAGAUUUAAUAAGGCGAAAGGUUAAGUUAAACCAGCCGUAUGCAGCUAUAUUUUUAAAAAAAAAUGAUGACAAUCCAAAUGAGGUUGUUGAAAAUCUGAUUGAAAUAUACAAUGUGGGAACGUUCGCACAAAUACAAGAAAUGCAAGAUCUCGGUGACAAACUUCGUCUUGUAGUUACUGCUCAUCGACGAAUUAAAAUUGUUGGUCAGUUAUUUGAGGAUCUCGAUGCUCCACCGGAAGGAAAACAAAUGACAAUAAAAUAUCCAUUGUUUAAAACACAAAUCAAUAUCUCAGUUGACGAAAGUGAUGCGGAAAAACGACGUCGGAAACACAAAAACCGCAAUAAAAAGAUCAUUAGAAAUGCUAACAAUGACAGCACUCUGGACGGAGAGCCCAUCGAAGAGAUACCAAAGCGGCGACUACUAAAAGACGGUGAACAACAGUCUGUGCUGAUGGUGGAAGUAGAAAAUAUCAAACAUGAAGCAUUCAAGCAUACGGAAGAAGUGAAGGCUCUUACACAGGAGGUAAUCAAAACCAUACGGGAUAUUAUAACGAUGAAUCCACUCUACAGGGAGAGCUUACAACAAAUGUUGCAUCAAAAUCAACGUGUGGUCGAUAAUCCAGUAUAUCUAUGUGACCUUGGUGCUUCAUUAUCUGCUGCGGAUCCACCAGAAUUGCAAGAAAUUCUGGAGGAAAUGGACAUUCCAAAACGACUCAUGCUUGCUCUAUCAUUAUUAAAAAAAGAACUGGAAUUAUCGAAAUUGCAAGCCAAAAUAGGUCGCGAAGUAGAAGAAAAGGUGAAACAACAACAUCGGAAGUAUAUUCUUCAGGAGCAACUAAAGGUUAUAAAAAAAGAACUUGGCAUUGAGAAGGAUGAUAAAGACGCUAUUGGUGAAAAGUAUCGAGAACGAAUCAAGGAUAAAGUAGUUCCUAAAGCCGUAGCAGAUGUUAUCGAAGAAGAGUUGAACAAACUAAAUUUUCUAGAAAGCCAUAGUUCAGAAUUCAAUGUAACGAGAAACUAUCUCGACUGGCUAACUACUUUGCCGUGGGGAGUGAUGAGUGAAGAAAAUUUAAAUAUCGAUCGAGCUACCGAUGUUUUAAAUGCGGAUCAUUAUGGCAUGGAAGACAUCAAAAAACGAAUUCUCGAAUUCAUCGCUGUUAGUCAAUUAAAGGGAACAACGCAAGGGAAAAUUCUUUGUUUUCAUGGUCCUCCGGGCGUGGGUAAGACCAGUAUUGCACGUUCGAUCGCUCAAGCCUUGAAUCGAGAAUACUUCCGGUUCAGUGUUGGUGGUAUGACAGAUGUUGCUGAAAUUAAGGGACAUAGACGGACUUACGUUGGGGCAAUGCCGGGAAAAUUAAUUCAAUGUUUAAAGAAAACAAAAACUGAAAAUCCUCUGGUACUGAUUGACGAGGUGGAUAAGAUUGGAAAGGGAUAUCAGGGAGAUCCAAGUUCAGCACUCUUGGAACUACUAGAUCCAGAGCAAAAUGUGAACUUUCUGGAUCACUACCUAGACGUACCAGUUGAUCUGUCCAAGGUUUUGUUUAUUUGCACUGCCAAUGUUGUAGAUACUAUCCCUGAGCCAUUGCGGGACCGAAUGGAAAUGAUUGAAAUGUCAGGUUAUGUCGCCGAAGAAAAAGUAGCCAUUGCAAAGCAAUAUCUCAUUCCACAAGCAAAAAAAGAUUGUGGUUUAGAGGACAAACACAUCAAUAUUACAGAUGAUGCAUUGAAUCUGCUUAUUCGAAGUUACUGCCGGGAAUCAGGAGUACGCAAUUUACAGAAACAUAUUGAAAAAAUUGUGCGGAAAGUAACGUUUAAAAUUGUUCGGAAAGAAAUCGAGUUUUCUGAAAUAACAGAAGGAAAUCUGAGUGAGUUGUUAGGAAAACCUAUAUUUACUCAUGAUCGAAUGUACGAAACAACUCCUCCGGGAGUGGUUAUGGGACUCGCAUGGACGGCCAUGGGAGGUUCGGCAUUGUACAUAGAAACUGCCAAAAGAAAACUAAUUGAUUCUGUGAAGAAAGAUGGGAGCGAUGGAACUCUCGAAUUAACAGGUCACUUGGGAGAAGUCAUGAAAGAAUCAGCUAGGAUUGCCCUUACCGUUGCACGGAACUAUUUGAAGCAAUCUGAUAAAAAUAAUGAUUUUUUGGAAUCCUCUCACAUUCAUUUGCACGUACCAGAAGGAGCUACACCUAAAGAUGGCCCCAGUGCUGGAGUUACCAUUGUUACAGCACUUUUAUCGUUAGCCAAAGGAUUACCAAUUCGUCAAAAUGUAGCUAUGACAGGAGAGAUUUCGCUCAUGGGAAAAGUACUUCCUGUCGGUGGAAUCAAAGAGAAGACAAUUGCUGCUAAGAGGAGUGGCGUGAAUUGCCUCAUUCUACCAGAAGAAAAUAAAAAGGACUACACGGAUCUACCUAAGUUCAUCACCGACGGGCUUGAAGUACAUUUUGUGGAUCAGUACUCCGAUGUGUAUAGAAUAGUGUUUCCACAGUCAUAAGAGGUGCUCUUAAUGAGUUUUUUUGAUUUCAGCGAAAUUAAGUAAUUCUGCUAGGCUUCAGUACUAUUAAUUGUUAAAAAUAAUUACUAGAGAUAUACAACAAAAAUCAAUAUAAAUAUAUUUGUUAAA